AAGUUAAACCCACUGUAAUGCUGUGUAAAGAAGUACGAAUAUGAAACGAACAGAACACGUAAAGUGCUGUACAUAUUAGUAUACGAACGAAUUCCGUUUCAUCAAGAGAGACGUUUAUAUCUCUGCUUUGUUUAUGCAGACAAGGUGCAUGCAUUUACAUGCUUAUACCAUGUAUGUACGAACCCGUACUGUGGGUUUACCAGUUUUUUUUAUGUUUUGCAAGGUUUAUCUGUGAUUUAUCAUUUCAUAGUUUUCGUUAACUGUGUUUUACUACACUUUGCUGUGCCAACUAUUAUUUUACAUUAUCUGAUAAGACAAUUUGAAUUCUAGUAUGUCUCUUGGCCAUAUUUAAUUUCGUUAUUAAAAUGAUAAAAGCCAUAUGUUGGAGCGACUCAUCUCACCUGCAUUCCCUGCGCCCUCCCCUCGCUCGCGCACUUUGCCUUUACAGUACUGUUGCACCAGCAGCAACUGGUAGUGUUCUCGAGCUGCUGAAUACACAUUGCAUCAUUCUUACAAAUACAAUCUGCCUGUCUGGACUGACUGCCAGUCAUACAUUCCAAAGUCAAACAUUUGGAAAGAGGGAGAAAAAAAGUACUUUUGUACUUCGGAUUCCAGCAUGUAACUUUAUCUAUUGUGACGCUGCACAACACACAUCCUCCCAGUGCUGGUGCUGUACGUGUAUAGUGUAGUGUAGGAAUAGAGGUUUGGUCUGUGCAAUGUGAUGCAUCGGAGCCAUUAAGAUACUUAUUGUUGCCUUCAACGUGUGCAAGCAGAGCCGGAGUUGUAAUCACGCUGGCAGUGACAGGUCUUGACUUGCAAAUAGACAACCACAGCCUGAACACUCAAGACAUCUGAAUUUGAAACUUAGCCUGGUGGUGAUUUGUUUUGGAUUGGGUCACUUUUACGCACAGCGCACAUACUGAGCAUUCGUGUGUAUCCGACUUCAAGAUGGGCAGCAGUGACGUUCAGUCCGGGGUCAGGUGUGUUUCUCUUAUGCUGGUUGUGCUGGUGGCAGCUACGUUGUCUCAGACACCUGGAGACGCCGGAUGCCUGACUUGUGGCAUGCCCGCCUUGGAGAAGGGCACCGAGGAACAGCUGCUGAUAGAAAUCGCCAAGCUGCAGAUUCUCAGCAAACUUCAUCUAAAGGAGAGACCCAACAUCACCCACCCGGUGCCCAGAGCCGUCCUCCUCACCGCGCUCAGGAAGCUGCACGCCGGCAGGGUGAGGCAGGAUGGCACCUUGGAAUUGAACAGCAACCUGGAAAGACAAAACGCCAGGGCGAAAGACCAGGGAUACGAAAUCGUUAGUUUUGCUGACACCGAUCAUAGAGACGCAGCCAAAUCCGGAUUGACCUUUCAGUUCUCCAAAGAAAGAGGGAUGAACUUUCAGAUCCUCCAGUCCACCCUGUGGCUCUACUUCAAGUCUAGUUCUGAAGCCCCCAAGGAAAGAGUCACAGCCAAGGUCUUCCUGGCCGGCCCACACCAAUCAAACCGGACAUUGCUGAGCCAGAAGCAGUUUGACGUGAAAUGGGGCAGCUGGCAAACUUUCCCCAUCACCCGGGGAGUCCAGAACAUCUUCGACAGAGGCGACAAGCAGGUGAAACUGGUCCUGGAGUGUGAAGGAUGCCAGGACUUGGCCGUCCUGGGCAGCCUAGGCAAUGCCUCCCACCAGCCUUUUCUGGUAGCCCAGGUGCGAGUCAGAGAAGAGCAUUCCAUCCACAAGAGGUCCCUGGAUUGUGACACCAACAUCAGCUUGUGCUGCAAGAAGGACAUCUACGUGAGUUUCCGGGAUAUCGGCUGGCAGGACUGGAUCAUUGCCCCUGAUGGUUAUCACAUGAACUACUGCAUGGGGCUGUGCAGAGAGCACUUUGCAGGGGCCCCGGGCAUCGCUGCCUCCUUCCACGCAGCCGUCUUCAACCAGCUCAAAGCCAACGGCAUCCACUCUGCCGUCAGCUCCUGCUGCGUGCCCACCCAGCGGCGCCCUCUCUCAAUGCUGUACUUCGAUGCCUCCCACAAUAUCGUCAAGACCGACAUUCCGGAUAUGAUCGUGGAAGCUUGCGGAUGUACAUAAGUUCUUCUGUAUAUGGCUUUGCGGCUCCUGGAACAUUUGGUGUGGACAACCACGGAGGUUUUUGAAGAUCUACUAAAUCAGCCAAAGGCUGGCCGCCAUUUUGUCUAGCCAAACUUAUGAACCAUUGGGCAUAUCCAAUUUAGUCCAUUGUGGCACCUGGUGUGGCAGAAAAAAUGAUUCGCUAAAUCUGUGAUCUAUGUGUGCUAAAGGAUUCUUGAAGAAGAAAUGGCUUGAUUUAGAGGGCAGAUUUUGUACUGCCCCAAUUCACUCUAAUACAGUUCAAUGACAUGAGCCAAUGCCAAUGUGCCAAUUACCUAAGAGCCUUGAAGGGUCUUUGCUGACACUAUACCACCUCCAAGGAAGGCAAUAAAACAGAUUAGCAGUUUAUUAAGAACAUUUGUUAACGGCUAUGGGGAGAGGAAAUAUAACAAUCAUUAAACCUAAAAGGAAGGUUUAACUGCAGCAAACAUUACAUUUUAAGCACAAGUAUGUAUGUCCACAAAGUAGAAGAAUAAAUCAAAUGUAUUACAAUUUUCUUUGCAGGUAUAUUGAUUAUUUAUGAAUUUGAACAUUCUGUACUCAGGCAAUAUGAGACGCAGCUGUGAGAAGCACGAACUCAAAGAGGUAUUACAAAACGACAUGUGCAAACAUUUGGCCUCAGCAAAUGUGAAUGUCCUUGAUGAUGACAGUCAAUGGGCAAUUGGUAGGAGCAUGUCUUUAUCUGGAUUUUAGGACAGUUUGAUGUGGCGUCAAUCUUUAAUUCUGAGACCACAGCUGCUGUACAUGUGUACAGAAUGUUUGUAGGUGAUGCAAUAUUUUUGGUCAGAGCUGUAUAUAUAUAUAUAUAUAUAUAUAUAUAUAUAUAUAUA